AUGUCUGCCUCAAACGCUCAGCCUGAGAAUGCAAUUCCCGCGAGCACCAACCCACAGCGCGUGAGGACGGUUGAACGCUGGGUUGUUGGUGGCCUUAUUAUUACCUGUGAGGAGACUCUGGCUUGGGUCAACCGCCUGCGCGCUGCUCGUGGAGACGCCCCUCUUGAGGCUACGCGAGAUGACUACUGCUCGCUUCUCUUAGAGAUCGACGAGCGAGUGAAGGAACUGCACGGGUAUGGCUGCAUGUCUUGGGGACAUCCCACGGACGGCGGCGAUGUAAUAUGCUCACAUGUGAUGGUCAUCACAAGAUAUGAUCGAGCGAGGGUGCCGUUUGUCAAUGGGAAAGCAACCCUCACUCGGGCGCAGACUAAGUCAGGUCCAAUCGAGCGCAUGGCUGCGAAGAAGUUGAAGGAGGACGAACGGGUGGAGUCCAUAGGGUUUCAAGCUUUUCCUUCCGACAUGCCGCCUGACUGUUGA